CUCCUGCUGAUAAUUAUCCUUCAAGUUGCAUGAUUAUUAUAUUCUCCAGGUAACUGAAGAUCUUGAUGAAGCCUCGAGAAACAACUGCGCAGUUAUGAAGAUCCACCUAUACACUACUCUACUAUGUUUUCUGACUCUAAUAACGUGUCAGAAGCUGACUGGAAAACAGGUCAAAAUGAAGGGAAAACAGGUCAAAAUGAAGGAAACACAGACCGACCCGGAUACCUUGUGCAUCACAAAUUUGGUAACUGCUGAGUUUACUCUAAACAAUAAGGUCAGAUUCUUCGAUCAGCAGAUAUCCAGGAUACAAAGCCAGAUUUUUAUUAUGGAAAAGAAACAGGAAAAAAAGAAUGGAUUUUUUAUCGUUGCUGAAAUGUUAGAUGCUAUCACGAGUACAAGUAUCUCACCAUCAUGUUCAAAUUCCCAAAACAGGGAUGUAACUGUAGAUUUGUCUGAAUGCUCUGGUAGAAUUGUUGCCGCCUGCCCAGUGCUGAGCAUAAAUGAAACCCUAACUGGUGUAUGUAUGGAUCUUGUUCUAGGGUAUAAAGCAAAGGUUGCUGAAUGUGAAAAACUUGUUGAUUUGAAUCUGAUCUGUGAUUGUUGGGCUGAUACCGUAGAACUCAGGAAAGGUUUAGAUGGCUGCAGUGCAUUUGAAGAGAGUCAACGAAUUUUAAAACAGUUCAAUCAAUGUAAAAGUGAAUUUUCAGCUUGCAAAAAAGCCCAGGAUGCCGCGUCUAAGAUUGCCGGAUCCUGCCCAGUUGCUAACCUGGAUAAACCGGUUAUAUUUCCCUCUCCUUCACCUUCCCCUAGCUCCAGCUCCAGCUCGACCCAGUUCACAACAGUAGCACCAUCAACAUCUAAUAAACUACAGAAGUUUCACAGAUUGAGGCUAAGAUAUUAUAAAAAUAUAUUUAAUAUAUAAUAAAUGCAAGAGUUCAUUAUAAA